GACCUCCCACUCAGCUGGAACAGUAAAUGUCCGUCGCUUAGCCGACCGAUAGAAAAAUAAAAUAUAUAUUUUAGGGGUUUACAUUAUGGAUAAGAAUGCUACGCGAUACAAUGUACAACUAUAUAUUUAUGAUCUAUCGAGAGGAAUGGCCCGCAGCCUCAGUCCUAUCAUGUUAGGAAAGCAACUAGAUGGGAUAUGGCACACAGCUAUCGUGGCAUACGGUGACGAGUUCUUCUUUGGAGGGGAGGGGAUCUCCAGCUGUUCGCCGGGUGGGACCAUGCUGGGUCCUCCAGACACAGUGGUAGAACUGGGAGAGACUGAAGUAUCUGAGGAGAUCUUCAUGGAUUACCUCUCUUCUCUGGGAGAAAGCACAUACAGAGGUGACAGGUAUCGUCUGUUUGAGCACAAUUGCAACACCUUCACCAACGAGGUGGCUCAGUUCCUGACGGGCAGGUCCAUCCCAUCCUACAUCACUGACCUUCCAUCGGAAGUCCUCUCCACACCGUUCGGCCAGAUACUGCGACCCAUUCUGGACUCUAUCCACAUCGCCCCUCCAGGAGGAAACGUCAUCAACGGCGGCAGGAACAUGUAACCUGAGAGAGCAACACAGUCACCCAGUGUUCACAAGGUCACUUUUAUUGUAGUCAGUCAGUCAAACUCAUUUUCCUACUCUCUUCCUUUCUGUAAAUAAGUUAAACUACUAUUUACGCCAAUUACCAUUUUAGAAGCUAUUACUGAUAACUGACCAGUGAAUCCUUAAAAUUCAUAAUUUACAUAUAAUUUCCUCCUUGGUGGUAGUACAGGAAUAGUACUUAGAGGGAGCUCACAGCCCUCUUCAUGAUAUUUGAGGGUAAAUCUGUCACAGAUUCAAUAUACUUACAAAACACAGAUCGAAUUUGGGGUUUUUGCCAGAUAUCAAGCAGUAACUUUCCAACACUUAAUGCUGACUUUGAUGAAUGUUGCCUUCUUAUAAAUAAUGCUAUGGAAAGUCAGAUGUCCAGUUACGCUUUUUUAGAUGUGAAAUGUAACAAAGUGUGUUUAGAUUUGAGUCACAGCAGGGUCAUUUAGCAUUUACAUUUUGCAAGAAUUUAUACUUUUACUCCACAACAUAGAAAUAUUGCACUUUCUACUCCACUACAUUUAUCUGGUGGCUGUAAUUAAACCACCUACAACAUUAAAAUACCUCUUGCACAUCAGUGCAGCCGGCUUAUUUAGUACUUUAACUUUUGUACGUAGGUACAAAGGUUUUUUUCCAUUUUGGUGUUGCAAUGUUUAUUUAAUAAGUACUUUAUUUCUCCAGUUUAGUUAUUUAAUUAUGAUUUUAUUUCACCUAUGUCAUUAUCACAGACAUAUCAAGUUUCUGCAGUGAGAAUUAUCUGCUGCUGACUACAAUGGAAUUAAUCAGAGUGUUCACUUUUGCAUAGAUAUGUUUAAUAUAUUAAAUUUAAUGGAGGCAGGUUGAAGGAAGAUAAGAAAAAGGUGAUUGGAGAGUCUUUUAAUGUCAAUCAUAUUUUAAAUUUGCACUUCUAUGAUUUAUUUUUUGUUAUUUGGUAGUAAAAUUACCAUCACCAUUGAUCCUUUGAUACCUAUAAUAUUUGUCUUUACUGUUUAUGUUACAUUCAGCUUCACCUGUUCCUGAUUAUUCCAUUUGCCACAUCAUUUGUGAUAUGACAUACAGCAGGUGAUUAAUGCCUAACUCACAGUGAGAUUACAUGAGUAGAGGUGAUAUUUUAAAGCAUGAUGACUGUGUGUCUCUAUAGCAUACGGAAGCCCUGAGAGGCAAGUGGAAAAAAAAAUCUGGUCAUCUGGUGUGUUUUAAAAGUCUGAUUUAAAUGCCUUUCUCCCCUGUGUUUAUGGUUUAAGAACAGGUGAAAAAAACAGGCAGGGUAAUUAAUUUUUUUAGCUGUACUUAAUUUUUUUUUGUCCAGACCGUUUUGUUUGUUGUUGUAAUACUCAUUUUGGCCACAAGAGGCCGAAACUACCCCAUGCUAUAAACAGGACGAAGAGCAUUUAUGUUUCAUGUGUCCUCUUGUGGCUAAAAUUAGUAUUACAACAACAAACACUAAGAAACACGACCCUGACGGAAAAAAAAAUCAUCUGCCAAAGCUUUUUAAAAACUUUUUUUUAAUCUGUUUUUAUUCGUAGAAAAAAAGUAACCUUCAUCCUGGCAAAACUUUUAUUUCCACCUGUUUUACAGAUAAAAAUAAACCAAUAUGGAACUUCAACAUCAACACAGGAGAGAAAAAAAAUUCAGCACAGAUCAGAAUUUAUUUUUUCACAUUUACCUUUCAGGACUUCCGUAAUAGCAGGAUUGGGAUCAGUUCAUUGUAAAUUCAGUUAUUCCUCUGUGUAUGAAAGAAAACCUGGUUGACAUUUGUAAAUGGCAGAGUUGAUUACAACAGUGUACAUUCUCCAGACAAUCCUGAUUUAAAGUUGUUUUUUUUUAACACUUUUCUUGGUGAGAAAUAACCAACAAUGUAUUCAAAUCUGUUCUCUGAUGUAAUCUAAAAUUGUGAACUGCGCCACAGCCCUGUUACAUGAUGUAAGUUGUGCCUGUUGGCUUGUGUUAGGAGCUCCACAGGGAGAUGCUGAUCAUAGAUACAUUGUAUCGUAGAGUUUUCUUUGUUGCCAUGCAGAUAAUUCUAAACUGCUCAUCCACAGAUUUAAAAAAAAUGAUUUUACCAUACACAGGACAAUGUCCUUUACUGUCAACUUAACCUGCUUGAGUCCUUUAACAGCCACCAGAGUGUGUUGGAUAUACAAUACACCUCUGUGCCUUCAUUUCCCUCUGCUUGGCUACAGUCACACUGUUGGGAGUUGGCAUGGUUAGCAAACAGCACAGAUGGGAACUCCCUGUGCAGUCUGCAUUGAAAUCUGCUAGCAAGUUUACUGUGGGAAGGUCCAGAAAGCUUAAAAAUCGUACAUAAAUGAGGUGAAAGGAGCUAGAAGUAGGAAAGAACCCUAAAAAAUACCGUAGGAAAUGUAAGCAGUUGAAAAUAUCCCAGAUGAAACAAUCUGGAUGAAGUAACACUCACAGCCUAUAAUCUCAGUGCAUUAAACUCUGCACUCUGCCAUAAUAAAGAACACACAGCUGUCUAGUUUCAAGACAAUGCAUAGAUGACAUGUUUUAGGGUCUGAUUUAGACAGUGUUACACACACGAACCAUACUAAACCUCAUGAGCCUGAACGGGACGAAGGAUCAAAGAAGCACAGAAAAACAAAGAACGACUAAACCAGCAUUAACUUUCACCGUGUUCUCCUGCAAUAAACAAACCUAAAACAUAUUUUACCUUCCAAGCAGUCACCAACACUCCAUCAUUUUUCUUGUGCAACUGCACAUUAAUAUUAUCAUGGGCGAGCGUUACUUUCAAACCUGAUAUUUGUCAGUAUCUGGCUCCUUUUAGGUGGAUUCCCCUUUAAGAGGCGAGAAGGCUCAGGUGAAUCUGGGUUCUGUUAUUUUUGCCUUCUGCUAAGUGACAUGCUAACCAGACCACUGAAAUGUAUUACUGCACAAGUCACCCUUUGUUGCUCUGAUACGUGUCGUUGCUGGCUGCUACCUGUAAUGUGAAACUGCAACAGAUAGUGAUGGAUAUUAUUCCCUAUUUAAGUAAUCAAACUAUAGUAGAUAUGUUUCUGCAUAUUGUUUGUAUUGUUUGUGUUAUUGUUUUUUUGUAAAUCUACCUACAUAUAAAGCCAUUGACUGCA